AUGGCUUCCAAAGUUGCUCUUGUGAUCCUUGUCAAUGUCGUCUUCUUCACCACAUUGGUGAGUUCCACUUCGGUUCCGUGCCCACCACCACCCCACUCGGACACUUGCCCUAGAGACGCCCUUGGGCUCAAUGCGUUGAAUCCUGUGAAGGCCUGGCAGUCCAGCUGUUGUGCCCUUAUCAAGGAUCUCGUCGAUCUUCUCUGCACCGCCCUUAGGGCUAAUGUUUUGUGCAUUAACCUGAACGUUCCGAUCUCGUUGAAUAACAUCUCGUUGAGUCUCGUCCUCAACCACUGUGGGAAGAAGGAUCCUUCUGGUUUCCAAUGCGCUUAG